GACCGUCAGGGCCGUUCUUCUUCAGUAGCGACCCGGCAAGUGGGGGCCGCGCCGCCCCUGGGACCUGCCGGAGCCGGCCCGCCCCUCGCACGGUCUGUCACCCACCCGGAGCCGCCUGGGGGAGACCGUGGGGCCCUGGGCCAAAGGGGCGCCUGUCAAGGCUGUGCAUCCAGACUUGGAUCUUCUACCUAAUGAAUAAACAUGAGUCAUUUGAGGUUUCUUGUAGCUACCUUGAAACCUCAUGGCAUUCAAUUUUUGGUAAAGCAAGAUGUAGUCAGAAAGGUAUUUCUGCAGAGCCAACGAUAUGUUUCAUCAGGAGCCACAGAACCAUUCCUGAAUGGAAGUAAUUCAAAUUAUGUAGAGGAAAUGUACUACACGUGGCUUGAAAACCCUAAAAGUGUGCAUAAGUCUUGGGAUUUGUUUUUCCGAAAUGCUAACGCUGGGGCUCCUCCUGGUCAAGCUUACCAGACACACUUACCAGAUCUUUCGAAAAGCAGAGCGUUGUUUCAGAGUCAUGGAUUGGCAAAGACACCAGGUAAAGCUGAAAAACUGGUUGAGGACCACCUGGCUGUGCAAUCAUUGAUCAGAGCAUAUCAAAUCCGUGGACAUCAUGUGGCUCAGCUGGAUCCCCUAGGAAUCUUGGACGCAGACUUGGAUUCAUUUGUUCCAUCUGAUUUAAUCACUACUAUUGAUAAACUGGGGCUUUAUGGUUUGCACGAAUCUGACUUGGACAAGGUUUUUCGAUUGCCUACAAUCACCUUCAUAGGAGGAGAUGAGACUGCUCUUUCUUUACGAGAGAUCAUCAAGCGGCUGGAGAAUACGUACUGUCAGCACAUUGGACUGGAAUUCAUGUUCAUCAAUGACGUGGAGCAAUGCCAGUGGAUCCGGCAGAAGUUUGAAACUCCUGGUGUCAUGAAGUUUACAAAUGAGGAAAAACGGACAUUGUUAGCUAGGCUGGUGCGCUCCAUGAGAUUUGAAGACUUCCUUGCCCGCAAGUGGUCCUCAGAGAAGCGCUUUGGUUUGGAAGGGUGUGAAGUAAUGAUUCCUGCUCUUAAAACCAUCAUUGACAAAUCCAGCGAAAUGGGGGUUGAAUAUGUAAUAAUGGGGAUGCCUCACAGAGGUAGGUUGAAUGUACUGGCCAAUGUCAUCCGAAAGGAGUUGGAGCAGAUCUUCUGUCAAUUUGAUCCAAAACUUGAAGCAGCUGAUGAGGGGUCUGGGGAUGUAAAAUAUCAUUUGGGAAUGUACCAUGAGAGGAUCAACCGAGCAACAAAUAAGAAGAUCACUCUGUCGCUUGUGGCUAAUCCAUCUCAUUUGGAAGCAGUAAACCCUGUUGUUCAGGGGAAGACCAAAGCUGAGCAGUUUUACAGAGGGGAUACAGAAGGGAAAAAGGUCAUGUCCAUACUACUACAUGGAGAUGCUGCCUUUGCUGGACAGGGAGUGGUUUAUGAAACCUUUCAUCUCAGUGACCUCCCAUCAUACACCACAAAUGGCACUAUUCAUGUUGUGGUCAAUAACCAGAUUGGUUUCACCACAGAUCCCCGAAUGGCCCGCUCAUCUCCAUACCCUACAGACGUUGCCCGUGUGGUCAACGCACCCAUAUUCCAUGUGAAUGCUGAUGACCCUGAAGCAGUGAUGUAUGUGUGCAAUAUAGCUGUAGAAUGGAGAAACACAUUCAAUAAAGAUGUGGUUGUAGAUUUAGUUUGUUACCGAAGGAGAGGCCAUAAUGAAAUGGAUGAACCCUUGUUCACCCAGCCACUGAUGUACAAGCAGAUUCACAAGCAGGUGCCAGUGCUGAAGAAGUAUGCUGACAAACUGAUUGCAGAUGGGACUGUAACACUACAGGAGUUUGAGGAAGAAAUUGCAAAAUAUGAUAAAAUCUGUGAAGAAGCUUAUACUAGGUCUAAGGAUAAGAAAAUUCUACACAUUAAACACUGGCUUGAUUCACCUUGGCCUGGGUUCUUUAAUUUGAAUGGAGAACCAAAGAGCAUGACUUGUCCUCCAACAGGCAUCCCAGAAGACAUGCUGAACCACAUUGGCAAUGGAGCUAGCUCUGUGCCCCUCGAGGGUUUCAAAAUACAUGGAGGGCUUUCUCGGAUCUUGAAAAGCCGAUUGGAAAUGACCAAGAACAGAGUGGUUGACUGGGCCUUGGGAGAAUACAUGGCUUUUGGAUCUUUGCUGAAAGAAGGAAUCCAUGUCCGACUGAGUGGGCAGGAUGUGGAAAGGGGAACUUUUAGCCAUCGCCACCAUGUACUCCAUGAUCAAGAAGUUGACAAGAGGACAUGUGUUCCCAUGAAUCACCUCUGGGAACAGCAAGCCCCCUACACUGUGUGCAAUAGCUCCCUUUCAGAGUAUGGAGUUUUAGGUUUUGAACUUGGCUUUGCCAUGGCAAGUCCCAAUGCUCUGGUGUGCUGGGAAGCGCAGUUUGGCGACUUCCACAACACUGCGCAGUGCAUAAUAGACCAGUUUAUCAGCUCAGGACAGGCUAAGUGGGUUCGACACAAUGGGAUUGUGCUGCUUUUGCCACAUGGAAUGGAAGGAAUGGGCCCAGAGCAUUCUUCAGCCAGGCCGGAGAGGUUUCUGCAGAUGAGCAAUGAUGAUUCCGAUGCUUAUCCAGAGUUCAGUGCAGAGUUUGAAGUUUACCAGCUCUAUGAAUGCAACUGGAUUGUGGUGAAUUGUUCAACUCCAGCCAAUUAUUUUCAUGUCCUCAGAAGACAGAUCUUGCUGCCAUUCAGGAAACCACUUAUUAUCUUUACACCGAAGUCAUUGCUGAGACAUCCUGAAGCUAAAUCCAGUUUUGACGAAAUGGUAUCUGGUACCAGUUUCAGGCGUGUGAUUCCUGAGGAUGGGGCUGCAGCACAUACACCAAAUGAGGUUAAGCGGGUGAUUUUCUGCACAGGGAAGGUGUACUAUGAUCUCAUUAAAGAGAGAAAGAAUCAAGAUUUGGAGAAACAAGUGGCUAUAACUAGGCUGGAGCAGAUAUCUCCAUUCCCUUUCGAUCUGGUAAAGGAAGAGCUUGAGAAAUAUCCUGGAGCUGACUUGGUGUGGUGUCAGGAAGAGCACAAGAACAUUGGCUACUAUGACUACGUCAAACCUCGUUUCCGCACCAUUGUUAAUCACACUCGGCCCAUAUGGUAUGUUGGCCGAGAACCAGCUGCUGCUCCUGCUACUGGUAACAAGAAUGCUCACCUGGUGUCGCUCCGGAGAUUCCUGGACACAGUUUUCAACCUGGAGGCCUUUGAAGGAAAGAUGUUCUGACUCUGAGACAUGAGACACCAUCCACCAUCUCCAUCCAGCAUUGUUAUAAAACCCCACUUCCAAAGGAGUAAAUAAAAGCACAUGGGAAAACUAUUGAGGAUUUUGGUUUUCUAAGAUAAAAGGUUGUGAGUAGAUCUUCCCCUCUAAAGCAUUGUAGGCAAACUGGGGAAUGAAUGAAGGAGUAAAGCCUUUACAAAUGUCUGUAAAAGGUAAUUACAAGUAUAGGGCUGCUCUGAGGGUAAUAAGGCCAAAACAAUGGAAAAAAUUAAAGUGGUGAGGAGUUAGGGGAAAGUAUAUUUAGUCUUUUGGAGUCACAGGGCACCCAAUUCCCACCUUAAGUUGCAUUGAAGAAAUUCCUCUUCUAGGCAACAUAGUUAUUUGACCAACUCUACAUAGCUAUUGUAGGCACUAACCGUGUGCUUGGCACUUGGGAGACAUGAUCCCUGACCUAAAGAGUUUACAGUCUCAGUAGAUAGGCCAUUCAGACAGGAAAUACCCUAGAUGGCCAGCAGAUUGGUUCCAUCGUAGAUCAUGGCAGGUUUGGUAUGUAUAGUGAUAGAGGUAUGGUAGCAUUGCUUUGGUGGGGUAAUGUUGGAAUGAUCUAUGGAAGAAAUGAGUUUCGGAGUUCUGAAUGAAGAGGGGAAAAUGAGGAAUUUUCAGACUCACGGAGCAGCAUGAAAAACCAAAGACAAGCCUGGAAGCAUAAGGGAAUAGUGAGGCAGGAAGGGUGGAGUGAAGAAAAUAAGAAUAGAUGGAGACGAAAGGUGGGCUUGUGGCUAAGCUGCUGGACUGGGGUUUAGAAAUAUGUGGUUCAGUUCUCUGCUCUGCUAGAUGCUACUUGUGUGACCAUGGGUCAGGCCACUUACUGUUCUGCACCUCCAUUUCCCUUCUGUAAAAUGGGAAUAAUGACUCCGACUUUUUGUCUAUCUUGUGUACUUAGCAUGUGAGCUCUUUAGGGCAGGAGCUGUCUCUUUCUAUGUGUAUCUACAUGCCUAGCACAAUGGGGCUUAAUCUCUUUGGGGGUUGGUAAGCAUUGCUGUAGUAGAACGUAUAUAAUUAGAGCAGGGAUGUGGGCACAGAUGGAGUCAUGCAGAGUCUUGAAGCUGAGGACAAGAAGCCUGAACAUGGUGACAAGAGGAAGCAAUUGGAAGGGAAUUAUAUGAUCCUAGCAGCACACAAGAAAGAUGAUUUUAGCAGCGGCCAUUUGGAUACAUUGGAGGGUGGUGAGGAGGCGCAAAGCCAUAGAGGGAAUGAUGUAGAGAGAGAACCAACUAGGUUUUGGUGAUGGCCUCUGGAGAGAAGAGGUUACAUUUGACUUAAAGGCUGAGAGUCUUGGAAGAUGGGGGUGCCCUUUACAGCAGUGGAGCAGGGAAAAAGGGGGAGGAGGGUUUAAGCAGAAAGAUAAGCUCAAUUUUUCUGUUAAAUUGGGGCUAGUUACACUGGAUAAAACAGGAGAGGUCAUGGAUUGGGGGCAGGUAGAUUUGGGAGUCUGAUAUAGAAUUGAAGCUUUGGGGUCACAUGAGUAUGAGGGGUAGAUGUGGGACAUAACAGGAACAGAACCUUGAGGAAUGUUGGCAGUGGGAGAAGAGAGUCAGCACAAAGAGACAAUUGACAGAGCAGUUGGAGCGACAUGAGAGAGCACAAGGCAGUGAAGCAGAGGAUGGUAAGGGACUUAAAGGACGUCAGCUGGUUAUGCAUGGAUCCAUUUCCGCUCCUGUGGCUGCCCACAAUUCUAAGCAUCAUGGCAGAGAAAAUAGUACAGAGUCUUUCUAUGCAUUUCUCUGCUUCUGGACAAGCCCAUUCUUCCACUUUACUGCCAGAAUGUGGCUUUUCUAUUUCCUAGGUGCUUUCAUGCCCACUUGGGGUAAGGGGAACAAAGAUUUGGCCCUUUAUUCACUUUUGGUGGAAAGUCAGUUUUCUCUAUAUGGUUCCCUAUUCUGUGCAAUGCUAAGUCUACAGCCUGCUUCUCUUCACUUUUGCUGAAGUAACUGUUGACAGCAGUGGAGUUACUCUUCAAUUACACUGAUAUGAGAAGGGAAUUGGGCCUCUUGUUUUUUUGAAGUUUGGUGGUUUUGCUGUUGCUCGCUGACCCAAGGCUUUUGAGUUUUUAUUGACUUGUAAUUGUUUCAUUUUCUUAACGGCCUCCUCAGAUAUGACUUCCUUGGAAUCUGAAAUAUGGAUGUAAAAACUAGCCAUUUCCAACAGCCAGGCUGAUCUUCUGGUAAAACAGCUAAUAUACAGCAUGAUUUCAGGCUUAGAGGAAUAGAAUCUGAGAUGAUGUGAUUGAAACAUGCUGCCAGGUAGAACCUUGUGUUUUUAAUAUGUGUGUGCUCCUUCUCGGUCUCUGUAGGUACCUGAAAUCAUUACAAAUAUCCAAGAGUGAAAACAGGGGCUGUACAAAGUGCUUGCAGUGAAGUUUGAAAACAUUGGUGACAGUUUGAUUGUGGGUUUUUUAGGAAAUGGUCCAAUUAGUCAAAAGCUUCAAAAAUAUUCAUUGUUACCUUGAAAACAGGAUCCUUUUUUUUUCUUGCAGACAUUUUUAACUUGAUUCAACUUGCAAAUAGAGUUGCAUGCUAAUGUUAGCACAUUAUGCAGUUUCAGCAGACAAUGGGCUCAUGUUCAUACAAAAAAUGGUCCCGUUUUAGAUAAAUAAUCCAGUUUUGAAAUUCAAAAUAGUAUUCAGAUGAAGACACACUUCAUAUCCCAACAUGGCGUUGCAAAAAAAUUAUUUCUCAAAGCCUUGUGGAGAAAAAAACAUUUUGAAGGCACAAAAUCACAUGCAGUGAAAUCACAAAAAUGUUGACCAGCAACUUGUCAAAAUAAUUGCAUGUGGCUCUAAUUAGAUAGUUGCAAAAGAAUGUUGCCCAUCCUAAUUUUAUGCCCUAUGCUUCAGAGUUUCACUUUUGCAUUUCAAGCUGGAUUGACUCUUUCAAGAAUGAAUGAAAGAAA